AUGGAGGCAAAGGGCUUGAAUAUCCGGGGUGUGCAUAAGCUUUGGGAUGCAUCGGAAGAGGUUAGACGAAGGCUUCGUGCAGGAGUGGGGGUCCUGCAUGAGGAAACAAAACUCACCGUGGACAACCGUGUUUCUUCUCUGAACUCUUCUGUCCUACGUCCACUUCUUUUGAUAGUGGCCUCCGACAGCAACCGCAAGCUCCCGGCUGUGGAUGACCUCCGGACAGAACUUGCUGCCCUCUUCGAAAGCAACAAACGCUUGGGAGACGAGGUGGACAAGUUUGUGGCCCUGCAAUCCGUCCAUAUCAGAAAGCUCUUGAGCUUCGUGAAAGCGAAGGUUAGAAGGAUCCGCUUCCAGGAGCUGUGCCUGACCCUGGACCCCAGCCUCCAGGCGAUUGUCGAUGCCAUCAACGAUCGCAUUCGAGCUCGUUCUGCAGAUCCCUCCUCAGAGGAGGAGACGGAUGAGGACGACUACGACGAGGACGAAAAUGCGCCGCUGGCAGAUAAUGAUUCCGGGGAGACCGCGCUAGAGGAUGCCUCGACUCCGGCCCCAGCCAACCCAGAGCCCGACUACGACGCCGCCUCCCAGCAGUGCCGACUCCGAUCCCUCUCGCAUCAGAGCUCCUUCAGCCUCGCUUCGGAUGGUGACGAGACCCAGCCGUGGGAUGGGCAACCAGCUGAGGGUGUGGAGGGUGCUCUGAACCUGAGGAGGCAGGAGCUCAAGGGCCAGAACAAGCACGGCCGCAGGCCAGCUCUCGAUGCGACGGAUCCGGCAGAGGCGACCUCGAAGUGCAAGAAGGCCAAAGUGGCCAAAGGCCCAAAAUCCAAGCUUCGCAAGCUUCGCAAGAUGAGGCGAAGCGCGGAGAACAUCGAGGCGGUUGCGACCGAAGCGGCUCUUCCCGACGAAGAGGAUGACGAUCAGCCGGAGGAGGAAGAGGAGGAAGAGCCUUCAAAGCCGAAGGCCAAAGCGAAGGCCAAGCCUUCGGGAAAGGCCCCGAAGGCCAAAGCGAAGGCGAAAGCGAAGGCCAAGGCCAAGGCGAAAGCCAAGGCCACGGCUAAGGCCAAGGGAAAAGCAAAGGCGAAAGCCAAGUCGUCGGCAAAGCGUGCCACAGCGGAGGCGGAGGAGACGCCCGCACCGAGGGCGAAAGCGAAGGCGAAGGCCAAGUCCGGCCCGACGGCGCAGGAGCUGAGCAGUGUCAGCCUGAGGGAUGGGCUUUGGUACUUGGAGGUGACGAAGCCGGAGCAGCUCGCCGAGAAGAUGGUUGCCUACGUCAAUCUGUUCCCUGAGCUGCCAUUGUCUGCAGCCUCCAAGUGCAAGCUCAAGUCGGAGCUCGUGGAUUUGACGUUUUGCCAGCUUACGAUUUACUGGACCCGGGCCACAGUUGGAGUCUUUGCGAAGAAGGACAAGCGGGAGAUCGCGAAUUUCUCGCCGCCCACUGCCUUCAAGGAUCUCCCUUGGUCCAAGAAGCAGGCCUUGGCUUUGAAGACGGGCGAGCUUUUGGGGCGCUUCGUGGACUUUAUCAUCGCUGAUGAGUACAUCACGGGCUCGGACCUUGCAGAGAGCCCCGAGGUUUCGAUGAUGACGCUAGUGUUGCGAGGGCAGAUGCAUGCUGCCUUGGCAAUGAUGGCCUGA